GAGGGAGUUUAAAGUACAACCGGGAGCCCGAGCACAGAGCCUGUGUGACAAAGAAACAGUCGGCCGCGCUGCUUGCCUUGCCUUGCUGGCCGCCCUCCAGAGCUCAUUACAGAAACUUAGUUGCAUACCAACAAAGAAGAAACCCUCCAGUGGUCCCGGGGCCACGGCCACCGCCGCUCCGCUUCAAGAUGAUGCGUUGGAUAUAGCCGGCUGGCGCCCCAUGAGUGAUAUGAGUAAGGCACUGGAAGACAUCCACAGCUCUGACAGCCUCGGCGAGAAAGCGGCCAUCUUUCGCAGCGGGAAGGCGAACACCAGCGGCUUCACCAGCCCUGCCCUCAUCCCCCUGAGAGCCCCCUUCCUAACGCCACAUGCCCCGCACAGCCGGACCACCACGCUCCACAAGGGGGACAGGAGAAGUGGAGAGGGAGACGACACACUGGCGAGCCCCGUGCCAAACCCUUUCCCCGAGCUCUUCAACUCCACCGUCUCCUCGCUGGUGUCCGAGUGCCUGCUCCCCUGGACCAAAAGCAGCUCAACUCAGGUAAUCAAAGUGUACAAUGAGGACAACACCAGCCGAGCCGUGGAGGUGCCCAGUGACAUCACCGCCCGGGACAUCUGCCAGCUGUUUGUUCUGAAGAACCAUUGCAUCGACGACCACAGCUGGACCCUGUUCGAGCAGCUCGCUCACCUGGGCAUCGAGAGAACCAUAGAAGACCAUGAGUCCGUGAUGGAGGUGCAGUCUGCAUGGGGCAUGGACUCGGACAGCCGGCUGUGCUUCAGGAAGAACUAUGCCAAAUAUGAAUUUUUCAAGAAACCUCUGGACUUUUUCCCAGAGCACAUGGUGUCUAUAUCUAGUGAAACCAACGGGAUCAUGAACCACUCCCAGCUCAUACAGACUUUUUUAAACUCAAGCACCUGUCCAGAGAUCCAUGGUUACCUCCAUGCCAAAGAGCAGGGCAGGAAGUCAUGGAAGAAGUUCUACUUUGUGCUCAGGAGGUCCGGCCUCUACUUUUCUAACAAGGGCACUUCGAAGGAACCCAGGCACCUUCAGUUCAUGGCGGAGUUCAGCGACAGCGACGUCUACACCCUGCUGUCUGACCGCAAACUCCACGGAGCGCCCACUGACUACGGCUUCUGUGUGAAGCCCAAUAAGUCAAACUCGCCACGGGACCUGAAGCUGUUGUGUGCGGACGACGAGCAGACCCGGACCUGCUGGGUCACCGCCAUCCGCCUCUUCAAGUAUGGGAUGCAGCUGUACCAAAACUUCCUCCAGCCGCACCAGAAGCAGAAGUCCUCUCCCAUGAGGAGCAUCUCAGAGAACUCUCUGGUGGCCAUGGACUUCUCGGGCCAGACGAGCCGUGUGAUUGAGAACCCGUCCGAGGCGCUGUCUGUGGCCGUGGAGGAGGGCCUGUCCUGGCGGAGGAAAAGUUGCCAUCGGCUCAGUUCUCAUGGGAGCCCAUCAACGUCUCAAGGUCCCAUGGCCAGCAUAGCUCUCCACCUGGCCCAGCCCUGGUUCCACAGCAAGCUGUCUCGAGAGGAGACCCAUCGCCUGAUCUCACAGCAGGGCCUCGUCGAUGGGGUUUUUCUUUUAAGGGACAGCCAAAGCAACCCGAAGACAUUUGUCCUAUCGCUGUGCCACAUGCAGAGAAUCAAACACUUUCAGAUAGUACCUGUGGAGGAUGAAGGCGAGCUGUUCUACAGCCUGGACGAGGGCCACACGCGCUUCGGCGACCUGCUCCAGCUGGUGGAGUUCUACCAGCUCAACCGAGGGGUGCUGCCCUGCAAGCUCAGGCACCACUGUGCCCGCAUCACCCUCUGAUCCCAGCGGCACCCACGCGCCCUGCCGGACCCUCCAUGCGCUCGCGCCCCCUCUCCGCCC